CUCAUAGUAAAGGUGUAGCUACAUCCUUUACACAGCUUCUAGUAAAGGUGUAGCUACAUCCUUUACACUACUUGAUAUUAAAACUGGUCGCCACUUACACAAUAGCAGUGUUCCACUUUUUCUGUCUGUAGGUUAUUCAACUGUAAAAGUAACAAUCACCAGGUACUGAGUCUAAAUUUGUAACAAGGAUUUUUUUUAUUACCUGUUGUCACAUUGGCUAUUAGUAACAUUGGAUCAGAAUAGUAAAAAUGGAACUGUAGACAAAAAUCAAUUAAAAUUUAUUUCUUUAAGGUGCGGAAGUAAUAGUAGUCAAGAUUAGCGCUGCUGUGUUUGUGUCAUUUUUUUUUUCUAAGUGAAGCUAGAUAAAUGAUGACCCAGAAUUAUAGAGAAGAAAUUUCCGUUGUGGAGUCUGAAAGCCAAGACUCCCAGGAUGGGUGGAACCCGCUAGAUGUUGAUGACAUCAUCAGAGUUAUGUCCCAGUCUGGGGGCGCUCUUGUGAAUGAUUACGAGAACGAGGCAGACUUGUUAAAAAAUCUGCAAAUAUCUGGCGAGGACUUCAAUGAGAUAUUUGGGAGUUCACAAAACAGCGACAGCUACCAGGAUGAUAAACUGACUAGAGAAGAAAGCAAUGUAUUGAUCGGCAAGCAGAAGGCGCAACAAAAUGAGUUUCUGUUGAAGCAGGCAUCUGAUGCUGAGCUUGACGACAUCACGUCGGUCAUCAACGCAGACUCAGAGUAUACAAGCCAGAAAGGGAAAGCAGUAACACAGAAUGAAAGAAAUCAAAAUUCUGAAAUUUCUUCCGAUGUAAGCACUGGUGAACUGUCUAAAAAAAAUCUGUACCUGAAGGAGUCAAAUGGUCAUGUAACAAUGCUAGAAGAUUUGACAAAAGGAACACAUUUUAAAGAAAUGAAAGGAGAGAUAAAUAACAAUAAUUUUGCAUCGGAAGUACCAGUGCAGAAUGGCAGUCAAGAUCAGUUUAAAGCAGCCCCAGGUUACGAAUCAAAAGACAUCCAUCGCAGUGAUUCAGUAGGGACUGCACAUUCUUCUUGUCCAUCCACUCCUGAAAAACCAGACAAAAUCUUAUCAGACUUGCCUGAUGGUACGCCCCUGGAUGAUAACAGUGCGAGUUCACCAGACUACGACGUCUACUCACCAGACUACGACGUCUGCUCACCCACGUCUGCCAUCAGUGAGAUUGAAACAGAUGGCCAGGAAAUGUGUUUCUUGUCAUACAAUGAGAACGCUGAUUCUCAAAGCUUUUAUGAAUAUUUGUGCGAUGAAGACGAGCUAAGGGAGAAAGGGAAGAGAGGAAGACCAAAGUCACAAAAGCCUCCUAGACAGUCCCCUAAACCUAUAGCACCAAAAACCCAGCUCUUGCGUAUGGUGGAUGCUGGACUGCUCACUCCCAACCCUAGUGCUAUUGGUAUCAGGAACCCACAAACCCCACAAUUAUCACCCAACAUUGUUGGGAUGUCAACCGUGACACAAAGAUUCCCAGUUGUGGUUAUAAGCCAGAGUUCAACAUCCACAACCUUGUCCAUUCAAGUCGGUUCACCAGAUCGUCCUUUCUCGUCCCCGUCUUCACAAACCACAGACACUCUCUUGACGUCACCAAAUUAUUCCACAAGGGAGAGGCCUGACUCAGCUGGUAAAGCUAAUGACAAGUCCCCAUGUCAGAGUGACAGUGGCGCCUCACAAGAUAAUCACAGCCCAAAGGGAUGUGGAUCCACCUCAACUCAGCGCCAGAGUUCCCUAGACAUUGAUGGGCCGCCUUGCUCCCAUUUUAACCAUGGGAUGGCUAGUUUUUUUAACGGCCAACAGAUUUAUGGGUUAAAUGACUGCUCAGUUCAAGGUGCAUCUCCGCAGCUGUUUGAUGCAUCUGGACAACAAUUUGGUGCACAUGGGCAACAAUUCGGUGCACCUGGGCAACAAUUUGAUGCUCAAGGACAACAGUUUGGUGCACCAUUUCAACAAUUUGGUGCAUAUGGUCAACAUUUUGGUGCACAUGGACAACAGUUUGGUGCACAUGGUCAACAGUUUGGUGCACAUGGACAACAGUUUGGUGCACCAAGCCAACAAAUAGGUGGGCCAUAUCCCGGUCAGACUGGUCGGAAUUUUCCAGCAUCCCCAUCCAUGCAAGCUGUGCAUAGACAUCCCUACCAACACCCCAUGCACCCCCCAGGGGCGUGUAGCAUAACUCCUCAAAGAUACCCAACACCGUAUCUUUACCCCACUCCCUCUAAUACAGCUCCAGGGCCUGAAUAUAAUUUUCCAAGCAGAGGUUUUAAGAACCCAGAGGCUCACAGGCCUAAGCCAUACCAAAUGGUUCCAUCAGCUUCAGUUGGGCACCAACCUGUGAAAAAGAAUCCCCCUCAGCAACCUACACCGACACCUCAUGUUUUUCCUCAAGAUCCCAACCAACCAAUGCCUCAGUUCCAUCAAGAAGAAGUGCAACCUUAUGCUAGACAGAACAGGAACAUUCGUAGGACAGCUGCUCAUUUGUUCCAGCCUGACUUGUUGCCGCCCCAUCAGGUUUCUGGUUACCAGCUUCCCCAUCUCCAACACCAAACAACUAACAAAGGGCCAGAGCUACCUCUCCCCAAGGAGAGCGUCUCAGAAAGACUCAAAGACUGGCUGAUUGGUUGUCACUUGCAGUUAAACCCACCUGACUCCGGCACCUUCCACCCUGAUAAUCACAGCAUUGUGUUAGAUCAAGAUUACCCACCUAGUUCCAUUGACUUCACAGAAAAUUACAAUCCAGUCGAGAGUUUACCCGCUGUACAAUCCCAAAAGCCAGAAAAUGUGUUGCCAGAGAGUAGGUCAACUGGGGUCAGUCAUAGGCGGCCUGAUCGGGUGGUUGAUGUGUAUGACACAAGAAAUCAACCCAGUGGUGCUGGGUUCAACAUUUCAUGUGCCCAAGCCCCCGUAGUCCCUGCUGUUAAGCCGAAUAUCGACCAAAGGGAAGUCGCAGACUCCAUAAUUGAUGAGAUGCUUCGUAAGAAGAAACAAAACAGCUUGGAGAACUUUUUAAAGGGGGAAGCCCCUUCUGUCACUGAGCCGUGUCCCAGUCUAGAAAAGUUGCUGACAUCUACAAGUGAGUCUACCUCAAUGAUCUCAGAUAUAGAGUCUAAACCCCCCAGUUUUAAUGUGGCAGUGUACAUACAGCCACAAGACAUGGACAGUCUAGAGAAGAAAAAAGAAGGGCAGACAAGUAUUGAUAACUAUUUAGGUCCAUCUGUGAGUCAGUUAAAGUCCUCUGCUUCCUCUCACUUGCAUGGAUCCAGCAUCCAGGAUGAAAAGCCUCUGAGAGAGUUGGAAGCUCGGGAUAUAGAAGGAGUUUUGGGCCCUGACUUUGGGAGUUAUAGAGUAGGGCAGAUAAUGGAGAGGCAGGCGGGGGUACCACCAUCACAGGUGCACCAGAGGUCCUCCCCCAGGCAACAACAUCCUAGUGGGUUUCCUGUUGCACAGGUGCAGAAUACAAAUGCUGAUGUGCAGUAUGGUAUGCAGCAGGUGUCCGCAACAAGUGUCAAUGGCCGCCAUCCUGCAAAUGUCAAUGGCCACCAUCCUGCAAAUGUCAAUGGCCACCAUCCUCCAAAUGCCAAUGGCCACCAUCCUGCAAAUGUCAAUGGCCACCAUCCCGCAAAUGUCAAUGGCCACCAUUCUCCAAAUGUCAAUGGCCACCAUCCUGCAAAUGUCAAUGGCCACCAUCCUGCAAAUGUCAAUGGCCACCAUCCUCCAAAUGUCAAUGGCCACCAUCCUCCAAGUGUCAAUGGCCACCACCCUCCAAGUGUCAAUGGCCACCAUUCUCCAAAUGUCAAUGGCCACCAUCCUGCAAGUGUCAGUAGCAAAGGUUCCUAUCAUCAAAGGAAACUCGCCACGCCAUCUCCCAGCAGCUCACCAAAAUCAGCCGCACAAUCUCCGCCCAAUGUAUCAUUCCAACCUUCUGUCUCUGAGAUGAGGUCACAGAGUCCAAGAGAGCCGGGGGUGCCACACAUCUCUGGGAGAAGACAGCAGUACUGCCAGGAGUGGCUGAACCAUUGCCCUGUGAAACCCACACCAUCCUCGCAAGAUUUUAAAACACCCGCAACCGGUGUGGCGUCCAGUAUUUCUUCAUACCAACCACCUACCUUGUCUAACUUGAUGAGUGAUGAGAAUGGCGACUCCAUGCGGUCAGAUGCCAGCAUGAGGAGUAUACCACAAGGGAAUCAUUCUGCAGCUUACCCACAAUCCUUCCCCAAACACCCACCUCAGCAGCAGCGAACGAGCAGUAGAGAUCAGUUUGUUUCUGACUGGGUAGCAAAAUGUGACAGUCAGCCAGAGUUACUCCCGGAAAGUUUAGAUUCGCUUCCCUUUGAUGAUGAGCUCCAUCAAAAAGUGUAUGACAUGUACGAAAGACCACCCAUGCACCAAACAACUCAUUUACCUUCUGGCGUAAACCAGGCAACCAGUAACACUUAUAUAAAGCACGCUGCACCACCAGCGGUUGGUGUUUCUUCCCCACAAGCUCAGAAAUCAAAUGCCAUCAAUGGAUCUCAUAAUUGUCAAAGUACUUCUAAUUCCCAAGACACCAAAUAUCCCGGGCAUCAGCCUAACAUGUUUACAAACAACACAGCACCCCAACCUAAUUAUACACAAAUUCCUAACAACACCCUGACAGAAAAGAACUUAAACGUAGCCAGUUCCUUUCACCAAGCAACAUCCCUCUGUAGCAUGCCAUCUCAAACUGCUGGAAAUACUGAGAACCCUGGACACAGUUCGCUAGAUGAGCUGUUUCAGUCAUUUUCACCUGAUGACUUUGUUUGCCUGCCUGAGAAUUCUCUCAUCACACGCAGCCCCAUGAGCAACGCUGCCGAGGCUCAAAGCAGGAGAACUCAGGACAGCAACAGCAUGGUUAUCUCUUUGGGAAGUGAGUCGGAGCCGCUGAGUUUUGAACCAGAUGAAGACGGUGAAACGUGUUUGCAUCUCCUUUGUGACAUCCCAACCACAAGUGACAGAGAGAAACUGUCCCAGCAUCCAUCAUUUCACAAGGUACUCAACUUACAGAACAAUAAUGGAGAAACUCCUUUAUUUUUAGCAGUAAAAAAUGGCCGCUCUGAUGUUGCCAGAUUUUUUAUUUCGCAUGGAGCAGACACUAACAUCUACUGUUUAAGUCUGAAAAGCAGGUUUCGAACUGAAAGUGUCCAGCAUGUGGCCUUACAUGAAGCAGUGGAGCUGGGGGACUUAGAGAUGGUAAAGACACUUCUCACCUCAAACACAAUCAAUGUGGAUGCCACGCGAGCUAAUGCAGGUCUGACUCCUCUAAUGCUGGCCAUGAACAUACACAGCAAAUCUUCUCGCAGGGACAUCAUCAUCAGCCUGAUAAAUCGUGGUGCGUCCCUUGACAAGCAGGAGGCCAUUCAGGGUAAAACCCCACUGAUGUAUGCCAUUGAGUCACGGGAUGUCACGUUGGUUGAGGAGAUUCUACGGACGGUCGGCGCAGAGAAGGCCAGAGCACUGGUCACUGCUGCUGCCAAAAAUGGCAACACCUGUCUCCACUGGGCGGCUGGUCUAAGUUUAGCCAAGCAGGAGAAGCAGCGACUUCUCAGGUGUAUUAUUAUAGCCGGGGGUGAUGCAUCUGUUAAAAAUGUUGAGGGUGAGACACCCAGAGACUGGGCCAGGCAAGAUAUAACAGAAGUUUUACAGAAUUUGGGUCGUAUGUCAAGGCAUGGAAACACCUAGUUCAAGAACACAAAACAAUUUCCAAACUGGCACAUGGCCAAAGCUUUUUAGCCUUGUAUUGUUUUGCUUAUCUGGCCAAGUUUAAAAAAAAAUUGAUCAGCUUUUGUGCAACAUCAUGUACACAUUUCUUGUAUGCCUAAACAAAACCAUUGAAAAUCUUUGAGAUUUUAUUAUCAUAAAGAAAUAUCACAACUUGGGUGUGUAUAUUGCUGUGA